AAUAUCAAUCAAUUCUAUUUUCACUCCUCCUUUGAUCAUUUCCAAAUUACAAAAUCAUGGGUGUUUUCACUUAUGAAUCUGAGGUUGUUACUUCAAUCCCACCAGCCAAGAUGUUUAAGGCUUGUAUCCUUGAUGGUGACAAGCUCAUUCCCAAGGUUGUUCCUCAGGCUUUUAAGAGUGUUGAGUAUAUUGAAGGCAAUGGGGAGCCUGGGAGCAUCAAGAAAGUUACUUUUGGAGAAGGAAGCCAAUUCAAUUAUGUGAAGCAGAAGAUAGAAGCACUAGACAAUGAAAAUUUUGUAUAUAGUUACAGUAUAAUUGAAGGCGAUGCUUUGAUGAACACUCUUGAGAAAAUCACUUACGAGACCAAAUUAGAACCCUCAGCAGGUGGGGGAUCUGUAUGUAAGACUACUAGUAAGUAUUACACCAUUGGAGACUUUGAGCUCAAGGAAGAGGGAAUCAAGGCAGGCAAAGAAAAGGCGUCGGAGAUGUUCAAGGCCAUUGAAGCCUACCUCUUGGCAAAUCCUGAUGCCUACUAAAAAUCCCAAUAUUGAGAAUUUGAGAAAGCAUCCACUUCAAUGAUCAUACACUGUGGAAUGCAUAUGUGCCUUUUUUUUUUUUAACUUUCUUGUUUUUGCAGUUGUUGGUCCAUAUGAUCUUCAUAUUGCUAAUAAGAGUUCACAGUUUGUCCUGACUACCAGGAAGCUUGAACUGAAAU